AUGCUCACCGAGCAAUUUGUUGCGUCGAUAUCCGCCCAAACGAAAGCAAACACCGGCGUGACGAAGGAUGCGGGCAUUUUCCUCCACGAAUUCCAGCCGCUUGCUGCACAGCGCCAUGUCUUCAAAAAGAGCGCAUCGGCGCAGAAUGGGCUUGCCCACUACAGGAUGCUGACCAUCUUGAAGAUAUCCUCCGGCCGACUGGUGUCGACCUCUACCUCCCAUCUCCAACCUGUCACAUCCCUCGCCGUCGAUCCCACGUCCAACUUCUUCCUCUCCGGCUCGCCAGAUGCAAUGAUCCACGUCUGGGCGCUGCCCGCCAUCCUUUCCUUCUCGCCGGACACGUCGCGCUCUCCCAUACAUACCCUCUCCACCCACCGCGGCCCUAUCUCCUCUAUUGUCUGCGGUCACAGCUCUAGCAGUGCUAACAUUGCCAUUUCCACGUCUGAAGACAAGUCGGCUAUACUUUGGGACUAUUAUAAUGGACAGUUGCUCAGGACGUACUUGCUUCCGGAGCUCCCGCAGGCCAUCACCCUCGAUCCCGCUGACCGCGCCUUCCAUCUGGCAUACGGAGAUGGAAGUCUGCAGACGGUCGACUUUUACGAUGACAUGCAGAAGACUACGGCAACGGACACUCUUCGAGAUACAGCGUCAUCACAUCGUCCUAUACAGCCCUCUCCAAAUACAAGAUUCAAUGCGGAAUCACAAAAGCUUGGUGCCGCCCUCGCUUUGAGCUUAAGCUGGGAUGGGCAGACACUAAUCUCAGGACAUACCACCGGCAAGAUUGCUGUAUGGGAUACUGCGAAGGGAAAUUACCUGUCGACAGCGACGAAUCUGCCCGGCCCCGUGACGAACUUGAAAUUUCUUGAACCUGUUGGAUUUCCGGCUGCUACAGAGCCGACCUUCAAGAUCCAGACAGUAGUGAAGCCUAAGCAGGACAGCGGCGUACCUGAAGGCAACGCGCUUGUCCCGCCCAACUACACUCUAACUAUGCAACUCAAUGGUCACCUCAAGAGACCUGUCAUAUCCGCAACGGAAACAGUAGCGAAAAAGAACGCUUUCGAAGAAGCUUUGGUACAUCCCAGCUUCCCGCAAGCUAUGCUCGAAGCGAGCCUCGCUGAGCUUUCAACAUGGAACGCUCCUUCAAGUGGAGGAAUUGCUCCGGCUGCCGACUUCCUUUCGUUGAACGCAGACGCAAGGGCACAGGAGAUGCUGGGCGCCACGCAGUCUAACGAGGUGAAAGAAUUAAGGAAGCAGCUCGCCAGUCUACAGCGUGUCCAAAAAGUCACUUUCAAACAACUCUCUGAAAUGCGAGAAGAGAAGGAAUAUCUGCUGAGCGAGGAGCGAAAGCGUUCCCAACGCAGCCAGAGUAAAGUCAAGGCACAGGGUAAUCUCGCAAACGGAGGUACCGGCGAUGUGGAAAUGAGAGGCAAUGGCUCGGGCGAGUCAGAAUCGCACCACGACAACGACGACGGCGAUUCUUCCGACGGUAGUUCUGAAGCCACUCCUUCGGAAUGA